UUCAUGGUAUUAAUCUAAGUUACAUAAAUCUAUUGGAAUAAAAUCUUAUAAGAAGAAAAGACGUUACUUGUUGCUUCCCCUAUUUAAGGUUACAUGUAUAGGAUAAACACAUGUCAGAUGGUCUGACAGCAUAUUUUGUGAAUGUUAUUCUUAGCCUUUUAGAGGAAAUAAAAUAGCAAAAGUAUGACAGAACCAACUGUAACGACGGAAAUUUCAAAAAAGAUUAAUGCCAUAAGUAAAGAAGCUGUACAUCAUAUUUGCUCUGGACAGGUGGUACUAGAUCUUGCUAUUGCAAUAAAAGAACUUGUAGAAAAUAGUUUAGAUAGUGGGGCUACAGUGAUAGAUGUCAAAUUAUCAGAUUAUGGGAAAACCUCCAUUACUGUCAAUGAUAAUGGUAGCGGAGUCUCGGAGCAGGAUUUCGAAGGAUUAGCAUUAAAGCAUCAUACGUCAAAACUACGUGAAUUUUCCGACCUAUCAGAAGUAGAUACUUUUGGUUUCCGUGGAGAAGCUCUCAGCUCUUUGGCUGCGUUAUCUGAGUUAAGCAUAAUCACUAGGCACAAAGAAAGUGAGCAUGCAUUUCACUUGCAAUUCGACAAAAACGGCCAGCUAAAAGAGAAGACAGCCUGUGCCAGAGGAAUAGGAACAACGGUCUACGUUAAAAAUAUUUUUAAGAACUUGCCAGUCAGAGCAAAAGAAUUUCAAAAGAAUUUCAAAAAAGAAUAUGCAAAGGCUCUGCAAAUCUUAUAUGGAUAUUGUUUAGUAUCAACUGGCAUAAAAAUCACUUGUAGCAAUUUAAUAUCAGGGAAAUCAUCUAACGUUGUGGCUACAAUGGGCGCAGCAAGCAUAUUGGAAAAUAUAAACUCUGUAUUUGGAAGAAAAUCAUUGGAUGGUAUAGUAAAAGUUGAAAUAAACCCACUUGACGAAGCUACUCUAGAGGAAUACAAUCUUCCCAAAGAUACAACUUUAAAUUUUUCAUGGGAUUUCUAUGUCAGCAGUUGUGCUCAAGGCAUGGGACGUUCAACUCCGGACAGACAAUUCUUUUAUGUUAACGGCCGGCCAUGUGACCUUACAAAAAUCUCCAAAUUACUCAAUCAAACUUAUCAUAAGUACAACAAUAAGCAGUAUCCAUUUGUUUUUCUGAACUUGAAACUCCAUCAAGAAUGCGCGGACGUAAAUGUAACCCCUGAUAAAAGGACGAUAUUUUUCACUCAAGAGAAAUUGAUUUUAGCAGCCGUCAAAUGGAAUCUCAUACAGAAAUGGGAUGGCAUGCAAGGAAGUUUUACAAUGAAGUCUCUAGAAGAAAUGAAUUUUAGUCUUAAACGAAUUAAUUCACCUUCCACUGCAGAAAGUCCACCGACAAAAAGAAUACAACUCUCUUCUUUCAGCAAGAACGUGGAAAGACAAGUAGAUCAGAAAGAAAUUCAUACAGAUAAUACUGACAUAAACUGUACAGAAAGAUUACCCGAUACUGAAAUGACAAUUAAUAUGGAAUUGAUAAAACAAGCAUUGCUUUCAAAAGAACGCAUGUCAAAAACUUGUAAAAAAUAUGAUAAACACGUAAAGUACAGAUCUCAAAUAAAAGAAGGAUGCAAUGCCGAAGCGGAAAAGGAAUUACAGCUGCAAUUACAAAAGGGAUCAUUUAACAAGAUGGAAGUCAUAGGACAAUUUAAUCUCGGUUUCAUAAUAGUGCAACUGGAAGAGGACCUUUUCAUCGUCGAUCAGCAUGCCACUGAUGAAAAAUACCGAUUUGAAAAACUAAAUAAUGAGACGAAACUAACUACCCAAAAAUUAAUCAUUCCGAAAGCACUUAAUCUUGCAGCUCUUAAUGAAUCGAUACUCAUCGAACAUCAACAAGUGUUUGAAGACAAUGGUUUCACAUUUGAAGUAAAUGAAACAGGAGAAGCUGGACACCGCGUCAUGCUCACAGGAAUGCCAGUGAGUGGAGGCUGGCAAUUUGGUCAAGAAGACAUCGAAGAAUUAAUAUUUUUAAUCAGAGAAAGUAGCUCGGAAGCUUGUGGAAAUAAUAAAAUAAUUCGACCAAGCAGAGUGAGACAAAUGCUGGCAUCUCGGGCAUGCCGUAGUGCAGUUAUGGUUGGUACAGCACUUGGCACUCUAGAAAUGCAACGUCUACUGGUACAAAUGGAUCAAAUGCAAAAUCCAUGGAACUGUCCCCAUGGCAGGCCAACUAUCAGACACCUAUUAUCAUUAGCACUUCUUAAGGAAUAAUUUUGACCAGAUUCUACAAAU